UUUAAUAGUAGUAACUAGGUCAAAGCCUUGCAAUUAUCAGCUUUCAUUUUACUCUCUUGUAUUCAUUCACUCUUAACCUAUUUUUCUUACUCAUCAAUUAAUCAGAUAUGGAAUUCUUAUCUAUCUUUGUGGACAGGGUAACAGAUUGCUUGAUCCAGCCAGUUGAGCGAGGGAUUGGGUAUUUAUUUUACUACAAGAGCAACAUCAAAUCUAUGGAAGAUGAAUCUAAGAAGCUGGAGGAUAUCAGAAUUGGGGUGCAUCAAAGAGCGGAAGCUGACCGGAGAAACUUACAAGUCAUUUCACCCAAUGUUGAGGCUUGGUUUACUAGUGUUGAUACUACUACUUCAGAUGUGGCAGCUGUAAUGCAACGAGGUAGAAUUGAGGUUGAAAGAUAUGGUUGGUGUCCAAACGUGAAGUCACGUUACUCGCUGAGCAGGAGAGCUAAGAAAAUUGAACUGGAGUUGAUUAAACUUCGAAAUGAAGGCAAUGCUUAUGCUGUUUUCUCCUAUCCUGCUGUCGAAAUUGCAGUUAUACCUAGUAACAGUGGUGAGGAGUUUGACUCCAGAAAAUUUCAAGAGGAAGAGGUCAUGGCAGCUUUGAGAGAUGACGGGGUUACUAUGAUUGGGAUAUGUGGUAUGGGUGGUGUUGGUAAGACAACACUGGCUGAGAAAAUCAGACAAAAGGCGAAACAAGGAAGUUUGUUCAAUGAUGUUGUCAUGGUAAUUGUUAGUCAACAACCAGACCCUAAAAGAAUUCAGGGUGAGAUCGCAAGAGGAGUUGGGCUAACAUUAGACGGGGGUGAUAUGUCUAGUCGUGGAGAUCGGCUGCAUACAAGGUUAAUGGAUCAGAAAAGCUGCAUCCUUAUAAUCUUGGAUGAUGUUUGGAAGCCUCUUGAUCUAAAGAGACUUGGAAUUCCAAGUGGAAACAACCACAACCAUCGGUGCAAAGUGAUAUUCACAACGCGUUUCCGGUCUGUUUGUGAAGCAAUGGGAGCUCGGAAGAUCAUGGAAGUUGGAACGUUAUCCGAAGAGGAAGCAUGGAUCCUUUUUAGGAAGAAAGUCGGUGAUUUUGUCGAUGAUUCUUCACUUCAUGACACAGCAAAAGAGGUUACCAAAGAAUGCAAGGGGCUGCCGCUUGCAAUUAUUACAGUUGCAGGAGCACUAAAAAAGCAUAAAAAAAAGCGUUCGUGGGACUGUGCCCUUGAUGAAUUACGCAGUGCAGUAACAAUAAGUAUCCCUGAAGUGCCCACAGAGUUGUACAAACCUCUGAAGCUAAGCUAUGAUUACUUGCAAAGUAAUGAAGCCAAGCACCUCUUUUUGCUUUGUUCCUUGUUCGAGGAAGAUAGUGAUAUUUGUCCUGAAGAAUUACUUAGAUAUGGAAUGGCGCUUCACAUCUUUCCAGGAAUAAAUUUAGAACAUGCAAGAAAUAAGGUGUUUUGUAUGUUAGAAAGAUUCAAAGAUUGUUUCUUGUUAUCCCAAGGAUCAGACAAAAAUUAUGUCAAAAUGCAUGAUGUGGUGCGUGACGUGGCUAUAUAUAUUGCAUCUGAGGGCAAGCAUAUAUUUAUGGUAAGUCACGAUGUGAAAUCGAAAGAGUUCCCAAGAAAAGACUCUUACGAGCAAUACACUCACAUGUCAAUUGUUGCAAAUAACUUUUAUGAGCUUCCUAGCCCAAUCAUUUUCCCCAACCUGAAGCUUCUAAUGUUGAAACUCUGUUUUUCUGAGACAUUCAAGUUACAUGAUGAUUUUUUUAAUGGAAUGAGUAAACUUGAUGUCUUAAGCCUGAGGGGAGACAGAUAUAGGUCCAUUCUGCUUGUUCGAGCAUCCAUAGCCAGAUAUUUGGAUCCCAUUCCGCCUUUUCCAAAAUCCAUUCAGAAGUUGUCAAGUCUGAGGAUGCUGUGUCUGAGUAAAUUCAGGUUGGAUGACAUAUCCAUUAUUGGGGAACUUGUCACAUUAGAAAUUCUCAGCAUUAGAGAUUCUCGGUUAGAGGAGCUGCCAGUGGAGAUAGGAAAUUUGAUCAAUCUAGUUAUGUUAGAGUUGCGGACUGUGAAUAGACACUUAAUAGGAUUUCAGCAGGGUGAUCUGGAAUCCUUAUCGAGAUUGACUACACUGACAUUAAGUUACUGUUCCAGGGAUGUGAUCUACAGUAACUUGGUCCUUCCCUCCAAGUUGACACGGUACGCUCUUAAAGUGGGUGAAGCAACUUUAAGAAGGGAUGAUUACGACAAGAAUAUUGCUUUAGAGGUCACGGAGACCACCCCAUUGGGUGAUUGGAUCUGCCACCUGUUGAAGGAAAGCGAAUUCGUAUAUUCAACCGGAAAGGGCUCUAAUAAUGUGUUGACUGAGUUGCAGCUGAAUAAAUUAAUGUGUUGACUGAGUUGCAGCUGAAUAAAUUUCAGAACGUGAAAUGUCUCAGCCUUGACAUUUUUAUGGAACAUCUCUGGGAGGACACAUGAAGUAAUCAAGUUCCCCAAUUUAUAUGAGGUAGAGCUUGAAUGCCUGGAAUGCCUCACUCACUUUUGCAGUGACAAUGUUGAGGGAAUUGAGUUCCCUCGGUUGCGAAAAAUGACCUUCAACAGAGUACCUGAGUUCCAAAAUUUCUAGCCUGCAACCAACAACUCCAUCACUCACUCAAAUCCUCUUUUUCAUGAAAAGGUUUUUUGUCCCAACUUGGAAAAGCUACGUAUCUCGAUGGCUCAAAGCAUAAGUGAUCUAUGCUCUUACCAACUUCCAACUCCUUAUUUCAGCAAACUUGUAGCAUUAAAAGUAGAUAAUUGCAGUAAAUUGAGAAACUUGAUGUCUCAAUCAGUGGCUAUAGGUCUUCUGAAUCUCCGGAGACUAGAGAUUAAAGACUGCCAUUCAAUGGAAGAAGUGAUCACAGAAGAGGAACAACAAGGAGAAGGAAUCAUGACCUUAUUUCCCCUGUUGGAAGAGCUGAAGCUUCAAGCACUGCCUAAGUUGGGGCAUUUCUUUCUGACAGAGCAUGCUCUUAAAUUUCCAUUUCUU